CAUCAGGCAAGAUUUUAAUACAUAGUAUACAUCUCUUCUUCUUUUCUUUUACUUAGAAUGGACAGUAAUAUUUACAUGGUGCGCUUCAUGCCUCUAUCCAAUCAAUGUUCUGACUAUAAUGAGCAGAUUCUGGGUUUUCAAGUGCAUAUUUCAGUGAAGUAAAUUUUGGGUUUUUAAGUGCAUAUUUCAGUGAAGUAAUAAAACAGUACUGUCAUAUUUAUUACUCUAGCAUCGCAUCAUGGAUUGGACCAGUUUCUUGUAAUUAAUUUGAAAUAACAACUCGCUCAACUGAGGGCGCCAUGGUUACAAAAUACAGCCUGCAUGUGUGGGUGGAAGUUCUAAUCAAAACAAGCCAACCAUCAACUAAUCCAUGAUAAUGCUCAGUUGCUGAGCCGCAUAUCCUACAUCAUAGCAUAUAAUCUGCGUGCCAAAUGCCUUUAUGACAAGACGACGAAGUAAGUAUAUGUAGCUUUAUGACAAGAUAGUGCUGGUUUAACAUGAGUUUCUAUUAUCUCCUAUAACUAAGGUGUGCACUUCAUAUUGUAGAUCAUAGACGCAUACAUACAUUGCAUAAGUGCUAAAGAGCAUCUACAGAUGAGGUCAGGUGGAAGUGUGUUCUUAGAGAAUGCACACAUGUCUAAGAUGAUAAAGGAAUUUAGCUGUAUACAAUUUGAAGCACCAAGAUGGGUAUUAAAGAGAGCUACAACUUAUUUGGACAUGGUAUGGUGAGUCACAGUUCCAUAUUACUAUGAAUUCAAUCGAGGACAAAUUUUUGUAUAGAUCAGACCUCAACUAAUAGAAACCCUUUUUCAAAUAUUCGUUCCAGUAAACAUUGAAGACUUUCAUUGGUACCUAGCAGUUAUAAAUACAAGGGUGUGAUGCAUCCAGGUGGUCGACUCACUAGGCACAGGAAUUCACCGCAAAGACCUCACUAAUAUGGUUAGUUAUUAGUCCUGCUGCACCAUUUCUUGAUAGAACAAUUUCUGUUAUUCUUCACUUGUGAUGCUAAUACUUUGUCAUUUAUUCAUGCAACAGCUGGAAGGACUGGAAAGUGUAUUCAAAUUUGCAUCGGUUCACAUCGAACUAAAAUCAGAUAAGUGGAAGGACCUAGACAUUUCAACAUGGCCAAGGCAAGAGCGUAUUAAGAGCACACUGCAGACAAAUGGUUUUGUAAUUAUGCAGGUCAUCCUGUGGUCUAUGGAUGUUAAAUUUUAUAGAGUACUUCACUGGACAUAUUUUGUCCGACACACCUACCCAGGUAUAUUUUGCUAUGUAUCAUUAACACUUUAAAAAAUACAAUUUGAGUGGCAUGACAACAUUUUGUACCUAUUUGAUUUUUUUAUAAAAAUUAUUUUAGUAGUAUACCAUGUGAAUUCACUUGAUAAACGUUUAAGACGUGCGUUUGCACGUGCACGUUUACUAGUUGCAGGAAAUUAUCAUUUCUUGCUUACCACAUUCGUCUCCCCACCCCCCUAUUAAUACUGCACCAGCAGCAGAGGAGGCCAUUAGCAAGCGACGGGGUGUCGAGCUACUACUCAGAAGAAGAGUUAGGACACAAUGACGGGUACGACAUGGCGGGCACUGUUGCUCCUUGGCGUCGUCCUGACGGCGCAGCUCUGCCCGUGCACGGCGUACGUCGGCGGCGGGUUUAGUGUGGAGUUCAUCCACCGGGACUCUCCCAAGUCGCCGCUCCAUGACCCGUCGCUCACCUCGCACGACCGCGUGCUUGCCGCCGUGCGGCGUUCCACGGAGCGCUCGUACACCGUCGGCGAUCCUUCCGGCGGCGUGGCCGAGAUCAGGUCCAGUCCGUACGAAUACCUGAUUUACGUCAACAUCGGCACGCCGCGCACCCGGAUGCUCGCCAUCGUCAACACCGGCAGCAACCUCGUGUCGUUCAAAUGCAUCAACGGAACCUCCGGCCCUCCGCCAGCCGCCGGGGGGUCGCCGUUGAGCUACGUGUUCGACACCUCCUCCUCGUCAUCCUACGGCUUCGUGGCCUGCCGGUUGCCCUCGUGCCACGCGGUCCGUGGCGCCUCCUGCGACGCCAACUCCCACUGCCAGUACCACUUCUCCUCCGGUGACGGCUCCACGACGGACGGCAUCCUCUCCACCGAGACCUUCAUCUUCGACGACGCUCCCGGCGGCUGUGUUGGAUGCCGCGAACGUCCGCAGCUGCAACUGACCAGAGUCAACUUCGGCUGCAACACGAACACGACCGGCGGCAGCCCGUUCCUCUUGACCGGCAACGUCGGCCUCGGCGCCGGGAACCUCUCCCUCAUCGACCAGAUCGGCACCCAGACAUCGCUCGGCCGGAGGUUCUCGUACUGCCUCGCGCCCUUCUCCAUCAACGCCUCCUCCAUCAUCAACUUCGGCGCCCGCGCCACCGUGAAGGAGCCGGGCGCGGUGACCACGCCGCUGAUCCCCUCGGCCGUGGACGCUUUCUACACCAUCCUGCUCACGUCCGUCAAGAUCGGGAGCUCGACCAUCGUACCGCCGAAGCGGUCGCCCGUCGUCGUCGACUGGCACGGCACUGACGUUCCUCGACAAGGCGCUGCUGGACCCGAUCGUGGAGGAGCUCACCAAGAGCAUCAAGCUCCAGCGGAAGCAGUCGCCGGAGAAGCUGCUGGACCUGUGCUACGAGGUGGGCGGUACGAUUCAGGACUGGGUGCUGGAGAAGCUUUUCCCGGAGGUGACGCUGGGGUUUGGCGGCGGCGCCGUGAUCACCCUGAAGGUGAAGAACGCGUUCGUACAGCCGCAGCCGGGGACCGUGUGCUUGGCCAUGUCCGCGGCGACGGACAAUGUGGCGGUCAUCGGUAACAUCGCGCAGCAGAACUUCUGGCUCGGCUUCGACCUGGACAAGGGCGCCAUCACCUUCGCCGCUGCCGACUGCGCCAAAUCCUACCCCUCUCCUCCCGCCUCUAAUCACCAUGAGUAGAUAUA